UUCUCACUAGGUGCCGGCCAAGGAGGGAAAGUUUGUCAGUUCUGCUGUUAUUUUCGCAAGGAGGUAGUCAUUCUGAUCAAGAAUUUUCUGAAAACGUCCACCCAAACCCCUUGGUACAUGUCCAAUAGGGAGUCCAGUACAUCACUUAACUUCAGAUAUUCUGCCAAUGGAAAACACAACAAAUUGAAAAAUGACUAGAAGCAGAGUACUUAGCUUGAGUUUCAAUCAAGAUCAAGGAUGUUUCACAUGUGCAUCAGAGUCAGGACUGAGAGUAUAUAAUGUAGAUCCACUUGCUCAAAAACUCUACACAGAGGCGGUGGGGAGUGUGGCAAGUGCCGAAAUGUUGUUCAGAACCAAUAUAAUAGCUCUGGUAGGAGGUGGGAAAAAUCCAAGAUAUGAUGAAAAAGCUGUUACUAUAUGGGACGAUCACAGAGGUGAACCUAUAAUAGAUAUAACAUUUGCUCAACCAGUACAGGCUGUCAGAAUUAAAAAAGACAGAUUGAUAGUGGUGCUGCGCAAUCAAGUUCAUGUCUUCUCUUUUCCCAACAGUCCACAGAAAUUGCUCUCAUUUGAUACCAGAGAUAAUCCUAGAGGUCUAUGUGAAGUGAGUCCAUUUGGAUCAACUCUAGUGUUCCCAGGGCAUAUCUGUGGGAGUGUACAAAUUGUGAAUCUAGAUAACUCGCAGCCAGGCCAGACAUCUUCACCUGUAACAAUCAAUGCACAUAAGACAGAACUUGCCUGUGUUGCAGUAAACCAGUCUGGUACUCUGCUGGCAACGGCUUCUGUCAAGGGUACGUUGAUUCGAGUGUUUGACAUCAACAAGAAAACUCUACAGCUAGAACUAAGAAGGGGUGCCGAUCCUGCCAAACUUUAUUGUAUUUCAUUCAGCUUGGAUUCAGCAUACCUAUGUGCUUCCAGUGAUAAGGGAACUGUGCAUAUCUUUGCUGUGAAAGAGACAGAGCUAAAUAAAAGAUCAACGUUCAAGAAGAUGGGUUUCCUUGGUCAGUAUGUUGAAUCACAGUGGGGUCUGGCCAACUUUACUGUGCCAGCAGAGUGUGCAUGUGUGUGUGCGUUUGGUCCUAAUCAGUCUGUGAUAGCUAUUUGUGUCGACGGGACAUUCCAUAAGUAUGUGUUUACAAAGGAUGGGAACUGUAACAGAGAGGCAUAUGAUGUGUACUUGGACAUUGGUGACGACAUGGACUAGUGGUAACGUAUGUGUAGACAAUUCAGAGGAGGAAAUUAGCUGGGAUCUGUGAUAUAAUGAUAAAAAGUGAAUUGAAACUAGUUGUAGGUACUUGUGCAAUACAGAAUUUGAAAGUCAUUUUGUACAAUUUAUGUUAUAUAUUGUGGUGGAUUUGUACUAAGUGGUUGCUACAGAUUGAAAGAAAAUGAUGAUAAAAUGCUGCAGACAAUUGUUGGUUGAUAAGGUAUGCAAAUUAUCUGGUUAUAUAUAUGUUAUACAGCACCUGUGAUUUUGUCAGUUAAAUGUGAAAUCAGACUUAGGUCAUAGGUAUAAUCCUUUAUCUAUUUUAUUUUGUUCUUUGAUUAAUUUUCAUUCUGUUCACUUUAGUAAGUUAGGUAGGUUUCAUAUAAUACUGUAGUAAAUACAUUUGUCUGAGGACAAAGUGUCAGAUUCAGCACCUGUACUCAUCAGUGUUCAUAGUCUGAAAUUUAAACGUAGACUUAAAAUCUCAAAAUCUUUGGUUUGCCGUAAAUUCUUCCAAAUAAAGUUAUUCAGAUUCUUUUUAAAUUUUAGAAGAAGUAAAUUUAAUCAAUAAAAUGUAGUUUAAAGUCUAAACUUGCAGCAUUGAUUAAUACAGGCUUGGUAAAGAAUGUUUUGAAUGCAUUAAUUUUGUUUCAUUCACAUGCUGAUACAUGACUUUGCUAAAACAGGUUAUUACCAGUUUGAUCCAGCUGUGGCUUAUUCAAGUAUACUGCAGGGUCUCUGCCUGAACUCCUCUGCAAAUGUUCAUUUUUCCUGACAGUAAUGUUCUUAUAGAAACCAGUUUUGUCAUUUUCAAAAGAAAUUGGUGCAAAUUCUGAUGGUUCUGAAAUGGACAGAAGCUCUCACAUCACCAUGGUAAUCUGCCCGAGCUACGAGUCAUGACCCAUUUCCAGGAAUUCAUCCUUAAGAAAUUUACAUGGUUUACCAUACAAAUGUCUCUUUAAUUUAUAUCAUUGUACCCCCCCAACAACAAAGUUGUAAGGGGGGGUAUACUGGUUUCAGGUUUGUCUGUCUGUCUGUCUGUCCGUCUGUCCGUAGACGCAAUCUUGUGCGCACCAUCUCUCCUUAUCCCCUUGACAGAAUUUAAUGAAACUUCACAAGUGAUCAGUACCAACAGUAGUUGUGCAUGGGGCAUGUUAGGUUCUUUUAGAAAAAAAAUUUGCAGAGUUAUGGGACUUUGUUUUUUUGUUACUAUACUAUAUACAUAGACACAAUCUUGUGCGCACCAUCUCUCCUCAUCCCCUUGACACAAUUUAAUGAAACUUCACACAAGUGAUCAGUACCAACAGUAGUUGUGCAUGGGGCAUGUUAGGUUCUUUCAGAAAAAAAAUUUGCAGAGUUAUGGGACUUUGUUUUUUUGUUACUAUACUAUAUACAUAGACACAAUCUUGUGCGCACCAUCUCUCCUCAUCCCCUUGACACUAUUCAAUGAAACUUCACACAAGUGAUCAGUAACAACAGUAGUUGUGCAUGGGGCAUGUUAGGUUCUUUCAGAAAAAAAAUUUGCAGAGUUAUGGGACUUUGUUUUUUUUGUUACUAUACUAUAUACAUAGACACAAUCUUGUGCGCACCAUCUCUCCUCAUCCCCUUGACACAAUUUAAUGAAACUUCACACAAGUGAUCAGUAACAACAGUAGUUGUGCAUGGGGCAUGUUAGGUUCUUUCAGCGACAAAAAUUGCAGAGUUAUGGGACUUUGUUUCUUGUUAACAUAUUAUGUACAUACAGUCUGCAUAUGCAAUCUUGUGCGUGCCUAAUCUACCAAACCAUUGCACACAAUUUAAUGAAACUUCACACAAGUGAUCAGAACCAACCCUAGUUGUGCAUGGUGCAUGUUACAUUCUUUUAGAUAAAUAUUCUGCAUAGUUAUGGGACUUUGUUUUUUGUUACUAUACUGUAUACAUACAGUCUAUAUACAUACAGUCCACAUAAUUAUGCAAUCUUGUGUGCGUCAAAUUGCAAUAUACUGUGUCAGUGCAUGCGGGGGGUACAUUCAUCACCUUUAGUGAUAGCUCUAGUUAAAUUUCUCUCAAAAUUAUAUAUAGUAACAGUACAAAUAUAUAUAUAAGUUAAGUCAUUAAAUUUCUCUCAAAAACAAAAUUAUAUUUAAAAUAACAGAAAUAUAACCGCAAAAGUUUGUACCUUACAUGUGUUUCAGUUAAAAUACAGUUUGGUAUAAUGUUUCCUUUACAAUACAUAUAUAUACAUCAGAAACAACUGUUAUAAUGUGAAAAUACAUAAAGCAUAUAAGAAAACAAGUACAUUAUUUUUUUCAACAAUGUGCUGAAAACGUUUUUCAGUCCAAAUGAAUGAUGACUGGGUUUUCAGUUGUUCCCGGCUCCGAAUAUGAAUAACUUAGGACCUCACUGUCUGACCUGCUGUCACUCUCGUUUUCCACAGUCACAGAUUCCAGUGAGAAUUAUCCCAAACUCUGUAGGCUCUUAUAAUUAGAACCAGAUUCAAAUGAAUGAGGACUGUUUCCACCAUUAUCCAAAAAUAUUACUGUUGCUAUUAUUAUUGUUUUUUUAUUCAAUGUCCGAAAUAAAGUCUGAAUCAGUA